AUGACACUACCCACCAACCCGAGCUCCGACUCGGAGCACAAGCCCGGCGGCGGCGGCGGCAGUGAGCCCCUCGCGCUCAGCAAGCCCGAGGGCGAGAUGCCGCCCGGCGUGUCUACCCCGAUCGAGAUCGACGCAGAGACGAACAAGCGGCUCCUGCGCAAGAUAGACUGGCGCCUCAUGCCCGUGCUCUGCUUCACGUAUGCCCUCCAGUAUUACGACAAGGCCAUCCUCAGCCAGGCCGCCAUCUUCGGCCUCCGCAAGGACCUCGGGCUGCAGGACGGCCUCAAGUACAGCUGGGUCUCGCUCAUCUUCUACUUUGGCAACCUGGUGGGCACGUACCCCGUCGCCUUCCUGGCGCAAAAGUACCCGCCGCGCAUCGUCAUCACGACCAUCUGCAUCAUCUGGUCCAUCAUCGUGCUGUGCACCACCGCCUGCACCACCUACUCGGGCAUCCUCGCCAACCGCUUCUUCCUCGGCGUCGUCGAGGCCGGCGUCUCCCCCAUCUUCAUGCUCGUCGUCGGCAUGUGGUACACGCACUCGGAGCAGGUCUUUCGCUCUAGCAUCUGGUACUCGUGCAGCGGCGGCUCCCUCCUGAUCUCGCCCGUCAUCAACUACGGCCUGGGCCACAUCACCGGCGGAAGCCUGCACCCGUGGCAGUACAUGUACCUCGUCGCGGGCAGCGUCACCCUCAUCUGGGGGGUUGCCCUGUGGUGGAUCUUCCCCGACAGCCCGCAGGUGGCCAAGGGCUUUACCGACGAGGAGCGCAAGCUGCUCCGAGAGCGUGUCCGCGUGAACAACGCCGGCGUCGAGAACAAGCACUUCAAGCCGUACCAGUUCAAGGAGGCCCUGGGUGACUACCAGCUCUACCUCAUCAUGGUUCUGUCCCUGGUGAGCUGCACGGGGUCUGCCGUCCUGAGUGUUUUCGGAUCCAUCGUCUUCAACGGCAUGGGCUUCGACAUUUAUACCUCGUUGCUGCUCAAUCUGCCAAUCGGCGCGUUUGCAUUCAUCGCGAUCUUGGGGUCGGGCUACUUGGGCAUCAGGUUCCCCAACGCGCGCCUGAACAUUAUCGCCGGAGCUUGCGCGCCUGUCAUCAUGGGCUGUGCACUACUGUGGCAGCUACCCAACUCAAAGCGUGGCGGACGCAUCUUUGGACUCUACAUGAUUAGCUUCUUCUCGUCGUCGUGGGUGCAAUGCAUCGGCAUGGGCACAUCCAACGUUGCCGGCUACACCAAAAAGGCCACCUACGCAGCGGGUACCUUUAUCGGGUACGCCCUUGGAAACUGUGUCGGCGCCUUGAUGUUUGACGCCAAAUACGCGCCUCGGUACGACAACAGCUUCACCGGCGUCAUGAUAUGCUUCGUGGUGUGCGUGGCCGUCGCAAUGCUGCUGCGCUUCCUGCUCGCCAGGGAGAAUGCCCGCCGCGACAGGGAGUACGGCGCGCCGAACAUCAUUCACGGCUUGGAGGACCUGACGGACAAGGAGAACAAGUCGUUCCGGUACAAUCUGUAG